AUGGCUCCCAAGCCCGACAACAGCCCGCUCAUUAUAAAACGGGAUCCAGAUGACCUUCCCGGUUCUCCGUUGCCCCAGGGCACAAAAUCGACACAGCCGUCUACAUCACAGGGAGCAGAAUCUACACAGCCAUCCACUACCCAAGGAACGGAGCCCACGCCGGGGUCUACUUCCCAAGGGACCGGGUCGACACAGACGCCUACCUCUCAGGGAACUGGACCGGCUGGACCCAAGGUUGUUUCUACCCCUGUUGUGAAGCCCACUGGCGACAAGGAGCAGCCUACCUCUGGAAGCAAAGCUGUGUCUGCCCCGGUUCCCAAACCUGCCGGUGACGUGGACGAACCGGAGCCAGAGCCAGAAGAGGAGGAGAAAGAGAAGUCUGCGGAAGAGAACAAACCAGCGGGUGAAAAAGAAAAGGAGCCAACGGCAGCUGAAAAGGCAGCAGCUCUAGGUAAGGAAGCGGAGAUUGAUAAGGCAAAAGACCUGGGCGUCAAGGACCUUAUUGACUCGUCGAAAACCGCCAAGAAGUUUGAGUCAACAGAGAGAAAGUCGCAGGCGGAGGAUGUCGCCGUGGGAUCCGGAAUUGUUGAAGGGGACAAACAUGCUGGCCAGUUGAGUGCGGAAGAAUGGGAACACGUGCUGGAAAACUGCGGCGCCAUGUAUGGCUGGUGCAUUGACCGUACGAAGAACCGCAUUACUCGUGCUCCGAGACCUGCCUUCCAGCUGAAAACGCAGCAGGGUGUGGGAAACGUUGCGGAAACCGGAAACAAGCUUCGACCUUCGUUCAGCGUCAACGACAGCUCCCGCAUUGACGUCUUGGUCAGUGCUCAUGAGUUCGAGGAGAGCAUGGCCGAGAAUGAUUUCAGUGCUCAAUCUACUGAAGGCUCCGUUACUGGAGGUUUUGGCGGCUUUGGAGGAUCGGUCAGCGCGGGCUACGCCACGUCGAAGUCGACCUCAACAGCGACAUCUACCAACACCUAUAGCAAGACCAUGAUCGCCAAGUUCCUGUGCCCGAGAGCGGAUGUGUAUCUUCAUGCCGCCACCUUAGAAGCAACACCUGAACUCAAGGCUGCCAUUGAAAAGGUAAGGAAGACAAAGAACAUCAAGGACCUACGUCAGCUCCAGAGCGACUUUGGCUAUCUGUUCUGCCGCCGUGUCACUAUGGGUGGGCGCCUCCAGACAAAGAAGAUCAUGGAAGAGACGACGAGAACUUCAGAGCAGGAACAGAAGCAGUCCAUGAAGGUAUCUGUCGGAGUUGCCGUGACUACUCCGUGGGUCAGCUCGACCGUCAAGCACACAAAUGAGUCUGGGAGCGCAAGUUCUUCGUCAACGACGGAUAAGAGGCAGGAGGAGCAGCAUUUCUUUGAGGCUACAGGCGGCGAUACCCUUCUUGCGACAAACCCUAUUGCAUGGGCCCCGACUGUCGGUAACCACAAGAACUGGCGUGUCAUCGAGAGAGACUCUCUGACCUUGAUGGUCGACGCCAUCGCCAGCAUGGACGGCCUCCAAGACGUCAAGGCAAUCUUUGCCGGAGCCGUGCCCGUUUUGAGCAAGUAUCUGGAGUUCUCGGACUCUCUUGACAAGAAGAUCCGCCUCCGACUUACAUCGCCGAACAACGGGCUGUCCCUGUCUUACCUCAAGGACAGCGCCCAGAACGACACUUGGGCCCCUCCGCAGUACUAUCUCGGGCAUAGACCGAUGUGGUACACCACGCCUAGAGCCAUGGCCAUCGACCAGAACUUCUGGGGCAACCCGCAUGUCGUGGGAAAGGAGCUCGAGCCGCUCUUCUCGCCAAGAAGUUACCGAGCCCCUGCGAUCUAUGGGUAUGCCACAAACAAGGUGGGCGAAGCUGAUUUUGGCACGGCGUACAAUGAGCAAUUCGCCAGCACGGUUUGGAGCAUUGUCGCGCCGUACGAUGAAGCUUUGUGCCACGAAUCUCGAGUCAUUCUACGAUCUGAAACUCGGCAGUCCGAGAGUGUCUUGACCCAUACUGAAGCAAGUGGCAAAACCGAAAACUUGAAGACCUCCCUACCGUCAACACCCACCUCAUCCCUCAUGAUCUUCCGCAACCAGCAAGGUGUCUUCCUUCCCGGCAUGUCCGACGAUGACGGAAUCCAAAUUUGGCGCAUCCUCAAGAAGGGCGCAGCACCCGGAGACAAGAUCAACAUCAAGGAAGGUGACCAAGUCCGCCUCGCUUGGCGUUUCAGUGAUCAGACGUCCGGCUACAGGGACUUUACCGACGACGUCUUCGGGCGUCGGCGUACUAGCCCGCCUGCAGGCAUGGAGGACGUUACGCUGUACAUGAAGCUCCCCUGGCCGCGGUUCGAGCCCUUGACAAGCCAACCUGAUCAGCAAACGACACUGCCGAACGCGCUUCUGAUGAGUGAGAAUUUUCAAGACAGCGAGCAGCCAGCUCAGCUCGGUCCCGUCAACACUGUCUACGCAAAGAAAACUCUAAAUCAGGAUAGCCAGACUUUUGCGCUCCAGGACUGCACUUUCCGCCUUGAUCUAGUGUCGAACCAGGGCCAAGGAGACGUGAAUGAUUAUCUACUCCUAGGCAUCAUCCAAGAUGCACUCAAGUUCGACGUCAGCGUCGCAACGGCAAAUUGGAUCGAAAACAUCAAGCGCCAGCAAGAGACGGCAGCUCAAGUCAAUCGUCAAAAACUGCUGAGCCAGCAGAAUGCAUCCAACGUUGCGCUGGGGCUUAGACAAGCGGUUCUUGGUCCGAUUGCUCAGACCGGUUCAAAUCAAGUUGCUUCUACAGUGGCCAGUGCAGUGCGAGCUUAA